UGACACGCAAAAGAGGUCCCUCUCAGCCACGUGGUCCUUUUGCGAAAAAAGAAAAUCACCCGUAGUGACUUGGAAAACAAUGCAUGUGAUCCUGGGAGGGAGUGACAGGAAGACAUGUUUGUGCAGGCUCAAUCCACAGAAUACAAAUAACGUCACUUUAGGAUGAAUGAUGAAUGAUGAGCUGGGUCAAUGCGAUUGAAUGUGUCAUCACUUCACCUCUUCACACAGGUGUCUCGCGCACACUUAUAAUCACAAGGAUCUACAGCCUGUGGCAAACCAAACAUGACGCAGCAAAAAGUGAGUCGUGUUAUGAAAGUUUUCUCCGUCACGAGCCCCCCCCCCGACGUCGUCACGCUUAAACACCGUCACGAAGGAUUUGUGCCGCGGCGGCCCUGUUGUCUCCGAAUGGACAGGAGAGGAGAUUCGAUGGCUUCGCAGUUUUGGGAGGGACCAUCUGGAGGGACAAAGACAGUGGACAGUCUGUGGGUGUAGAAGGGUGGUGGAAUAAGUGAGUGCCGUCAGGUCGACCCUUCAUUUAACCCGUCUUCAAGCUUCGUACUCGUCUUCAGAGACAUGGGUCCGUCCGGGUGGUUCUGGUUCACCUACGUGCCGUGCCUGUGUCUGGGCCUGCUCUGUCUGCUCUUUGUGGUCUUCUGGAGCUCCUACUGGCACGGAGGCUUCGCCUGGGACGGCUCGGGUCUGCAGUUCAACUGGCACCCCGUCCUCAUGGUGACCGGGCUGGUGGUUCUCUACGGCUUCGCGGCUGUGGUGUUUCGCGUGCCGUUCACCUGGAAGCAGAGGAAGCUCCCCUGGAAGCUGGUGCACGGCGGCCUGAUGCUGGUGGCUCUGCUCCUGUCCGUCCUGGGCCUGUGUGCCGUGUUCGAUUACCACAGGGCCUCAAAGAUCCCCGACGUGUACUCCCUGCACAGCUGGGUGGGCCUCUGCACCGUGGCGCUGUUUGCCUCGCAGUGGCUCCUCGGCCUGGCCGGCUUCCUGCUCCCGUGCUCCCCGCCGCGCCUCCGCAGAAGCCUGAAGCCGCUCCACGUCUGGAUGGGCAAAGCCAUCUUGAUCCUCAGCCUGACCUCGUGCAUCAGCGGCAUCACGGAGGAGCUGUUCUUCAACCUCGAUGGAAUCACUGGCAAAUCUUACAGCUCACUGCCUGUGGAGGCAAAGUUUGCGAAUGCCCUCGGCCUCCUCCUCGCCACCUUCGUCUUGGUCGUCUUCGGCAUCCUGUCCAAUAAAAGCUGGCAGCGGCCGGAGACAGAUGGGGAAACCGUCCCUAUCAUGCUCAAUGAAAACAGCACAUGAAAACAGGAGGACGUGCACGUGCCGUGAAGAGGACACAGUGAGCUGCUCUUCACUAGAAGACAACGUUGUGUUUCUCUGAAGCACCAGCAUUCAUUAGUCCUUUCAUGGAUCAUUUGUUCUGGACUGGUGAUCGCAAAUGUGAAACGUUUAGUCCUUAUUUUCAAAAAUGUUCUGUUAAGUCUCACAAAGAGGCUUUUAUUUCUCAUUUUCACGCACUCAACCUCAUGAUUUGUUUUAGAGGUCGAGACAAUAUGAACUAUUAUCGGGUAAUUGAAUAAACUCAAGAGUGAUAACCCCCAAGACUGAGUGUCAAACUGUUGUUUUGGUCAAAGCCUACUUCUUCUUCAGCAUCUUUACAUUUGAUCUUGUUCAGGAGAUUCCUCAGCAGCUCACCCGAUAAUCGUAUAUGUGAUGGAUUCAUUGAUUAGUCGUUUCUAAUUUUCUCAUUACUAAUGUAUAGAUGUAGAAG